AUGUUCCCGCGUCUCCCUUUACAACAGAAUGCAGCAGCAGCAGGAGCACAAGAGGACGAUCAUCCAGCGGAUUAUGCAUACACAGAUGCUGCUGCGGAUAACCUGAUGGCGUAUUCGUCGAAUGUCGACGACGCGUUUUGGGCCGAUGCCAUCGAGGAUGACAUCUCGACGAUGCCAUUUGAUGCGAGCGACGGCGGUUUGUGGAACGGGAGAUUCGUGCCGCCGCCUCCGAGACCUCCGUUUCUCGAGAACGACGUUCAUAGCGAUGGACUGACAACCUGUGAUUUGUGUUCGUGGGCAUGGCAUGACAAAAACUCAUUUUCAUCGCUUGGCGACUCCAUAGAGCAACAAGGCGAGAUCGGAUGGACCUUCACACUCAUCAUAGUAUCGCUAAUAUCAGCAUUUAUAGGAGCUACAAUCAUGAUAAUUGUGAUCAAAUGUAAAAGACUAAAAUCAUCGAAUAGCAACGCAAAUCGUCCAGUGCCAUGGUGGUAUAGAUCACGAAGCGCCGCCAAUAAUCGUAAUAGUAACACGCCUUGUGCUAAUUUAGGAUCUAGUAGUAAUUCAAGCAAACAUCCUGCCGAUAGUAUACGCAAUCCAAAUAGUAAUGCGGGUGUUUGGACUUGGCUAACGAAUCGUCGUUCGCCAUCAGCGCCCGAACAAUUGGGCAGUCCGCAACAUUUGUCGCCCGCAGAAAAUCAUUACACUCACAUGGAUGACGCUUACAGUCCGGUUGGGGCAGCAGGCGAAGCGCUAUAUGCUGAACUCGAUCGCGAAAGCAUCAACUCGAACAAUCCGUCGUACCAAAAUACGGCAUAUAGUCAAUGCGGGGAUAUGCACGAUCAUGACAUUCCAAUGGUAUCUUCAGCACCCAGUAGUGCAUAUUACUCGGAUCUCUCGGUAACGGCGAUGCCCACAGAACGCGCAUACGAAAUUGUCGAAACUGUUAUGUCGUCUCCGUUGCCAAAUUGGGUCGAUGAGCAUCCAUCAUCUUCGACAUCGAUGUCCCAUCAUUUCCAUCAUCCGUCGUCGUCGACGAGUUUGUCAGACGGCAGUAGCAAUAGCUUAAACAAACAAAACUUGAUGUUAGCACGACGAGCAAAUCGUCUCUCCGCUAUCAACGAAAGCACUUCAAUUCCAUCCGAUUACGUGUAA